AUUAAUUUAAAUUUUGCUUGUAGCAGAAUGGACCCAUGCAGCAGUAAAACUGUUAAUAGCAAGUAGAAUAGAUUUAGAAGAAGACUUUCAAAAACCUGUAGUCAAAACAAAGCUUUGGGCUAAAAUAGCUGAUAAGUUAUCCAAAGAGGGUUUUGCAUUUACAAGUUCAGAAUGCGAUCACAAGUGGAGAAAUCUCAUGAUUACAUACCGAAAAAAUGUUGAUAAGAGCAAAACAUCUGGAGAAGGCAAAAUUAGAUGGGAAUAUUUUAAAGAAUUGCAUGAAACUUUUGGUAGGAAUAUUAACACCAAUCCGCCAAUUAAUUACAUGAAAUCAUCUUCAAAAAUUAAUUCCAAAAGCAGCAAUCGUAUGAAUGAAUGUACUCAAGAGGUGCUAACUGAAAUUACUUGUGCCCAAAACAGAGAUCGUGUCAGCAUUAUAAGUACUGAAAAUUCGACAGUUCAGGUAAAUCCAGUUCCUGUGGCCGCUGAAACCUCUUGUACACAGUUAAAUAAAGAAAAUGAAUGUACAGCUAUUCAGAAAAAAAAAGAUAAAAAUGAAUUAAUUAAAAGUAGAAAAAGAAGUCGGAAUGAGCCACCAUUGUGGUAUGUUGAAGAUAUGAAACGCAGGGAUAGGAAGAGAGAGGAGAGAGAGAAGAAAGAAGACGAAAGAUGGCAGGAACAUAAAGAAUUGGAGACUAGGAAAGUACAGGUUUUGGAAAAGCUGGUUGAAUUAUUACAAAAUGUACAAAAAACAAAUUCAAGUUAAUAAAAUUUUUAUUUGCGAUGUGUUUUUGCUUAAAA